AUGUCAGGAUUCCCAAAUCCUUCCGAAGACCACGAAGCGUGGGCAAAGCACUUGACGAGCCGCUAUCAAGAUGUCAUGCACAACAAGCGUACCGACGUGCUAACAAAGCAGACGCGCAACCUUUCGCUAGGAGGUUCCUCUUCAUCACGACCGUCACCAUCGCCACAACGUCCAGCGCUUUACCCGCCAUGCCCUACACACACCCCCCCUCCUCCACCUCCUCCACCACCACCACAACUUCAGAAAUCAAGGUCGAAAUUCCAACUCACAUCGGCGAGCACCUCAAGAUCGCAGGAAGUUGGCCCGGAUGGUCUACCGGCGUAUACAAGGACCGCACCAAAGAUUCCUGUAGCCCCAACCGACUCGGCAUCAAUAAAAUUCCGAAGUAUGUUGAUUUCGCUGUCAGCGACGCCGACAAGAUAUGAGAAUCCGGGGCUAUUAGAUGAAGCGCUUGGAGUGAUUCCGUUGAACAGGAUAUAUCAGGAGGCGGAGGAAGAGAGCCAGAUCUUGUUGGUAGAGGCUAGGAGUUUAGGGAAGGAGAAGGCGAAAUGGGGAUACCAGGAUUGCGUUAUCCAGGCUUUAUUGAGAUGGUUCCGACGGGAUUUCUUCACAUGGGUCAACAACCCCCCAUGUGCACGCUGCUACUCAGAAACGACGCCAGAAGGAUUAUCACCAGUGACGGAUGAGGAAUCGGCUCGAGGUGCAUCACGGGCGGAGAUAUUCAAGUGCAAUCAGUGUGGACAAUAUGAGCGAUUCCCUCGAUACAGCGAUGUAUGGACGUUGUUGGAUACACGCCGGGGCAGAUGCGGGGAGUGGGCAAACUGUUUCUCAAUGCUGUGUCGGGCAGUCGGAAGUCGCGUGCGCUGGGUAUGGAACAGCGAGGACCACGUCUGGACCGAGGUAUACUCAGAACACGCCCGCCGUUGGGUGCAUGUUGACGCCUGCGAGGAGGUAUGGAACCAGCCACGGCUGUACGCUGAAGGCUGGGGUAAGAAGAUGGCAUACUGUAUCGCCUUUUCACACGACGGUGUAACCGACGUUACCCGCCGCUAUGUCCGCAACACCCGCACACAAGCCCUUCCACGAACACGAUGCCCUGAGGAGGUCCUCCACUACAUCAUCAAAGAGUUACGCGAGAAGCGCCGUGAGAAGCUCAGUCCCGAGGACGUCAAGCGUUUGGAGAAGGAGGACCGUGCUGAGGAGAGGGAACUUCAGUUGUAUGUGUCACAGGGCCAGGCACAGGAGAAGUUGUUAGCUGGUUCGACGUCAUCGAGGGGUGAUGUGGCACAUGGCGACCUGAAGAGACCCAUUGGAAGACAGAGUGGAUCAACGGACUGGAAACAUCGACGAGGCUAUUAA